GACUCCGAUAUAACGCCCGAGUCAGCCCUCCGCCUGGUGUCUCCUCGUACUGCCCCCACUCUCCUAUAUAGCCUCUCUCUCCCAGCCGCUGCCCCUCCCCGCCGAACGCAAACAAGUACUCGCUCAGGCUUUCAACAAACAAGUUUUAAAGUCUAUAAAGUCCUCUCAAAAGAGACUUUAUAGCACCUAGGACGAUCUAAAGUCGACUUCGACUUUGGGCGUCCUCUAACUCAACACCCUCGCAAUGACCCGCUAUCAGGUCGACCGUUUUCCCCACCCGUCCCUCCGCUCAGCCAACCCGAUUCUCGUCUCUGCUGUUUCUUUCUCUUCUGUUUCUGUCGAAUCCGAUUUUACUGUAGUAAUGUCCCUCAAAGGUAGUCUUACCGUAUUUUAGAUAAUCGGCUCAAGCAUCCGUCUCUCUCUGUUGGUUUAAUCUUUCUAAGUCUCAUUUUUUCUAUGUCUACUCGCGCAACAACCCAUUCGCUCCCCCAUCUUGGGAGAGCACCUUCCAACCCAUCCACACACACUCGGGUUCGCUGGCAACCCUACUAUGCUUCACUUCCAUCCAUCACCACUCGAUCUCCUUCCAACAAUGCCUACCUCCCCACUCCUGCCUCCUCCAUAUAUUCGUCUACACCCUCCCCUGUCUCCCUCCGUGCCCCUGAACGCCCUCGCGCGCAAGUUUCGCGGGAGUGUCAAGUUAGGGAUCUCCAUAAGUCCAGAUAUGCUUCCAGCUUAGUUGAUCAAGCAGUAAAGUCUAUAUGCGACAUAUGGAACCCUCAAGACAUUCCGCCCGUUUUUCUCACCUCCCCCCCGCGCCCCGCCCACGCUCACGAAGCUGUGGGCGGGAGCGCCUCUCUCCCCGCACACGCCUUCAUAAACUCACAACUUCCAUCCCCCAUUUCCCCCACCACCUCAUAUUCGCCGGUCACUUCAUCAAACGUACCUCCCUUUGCGCUCCCGCGUCGGUCCCACUUGCAAUGCAUGCCAAGCUCGCAGGCCAAUACUGGCAACCUUACCCCAAUGAAGACCUUCGUCCACGAAGUUCUCAGGCGAUCGCGCACCUCGGGAACGGUUUUGCAGACUGCACUAUGCUACAUCGAGGCCAUUCGAUCGAAGGUUCCGGAGCUUGUUCGGCAAGAACAGUCGGGUCAAGGUGUCAGGGGCGAACCGGAAUUGGCUAGUCGAAUCAUCCAAGGCGAGGUGGACGUCGCCAGCGACGUCUCCCCCGUUGGAUGCAACUCUACUGAUCCGCUCGAUUCUUUGGUCGAGACUGUGCGCGUCGAUGCUCUGGAGCUCGAUGGCAACGGCAGUCAAGUCGAAAUGGACAUGGGUCUUUCGGUCCCAACUCCCAAGGUUUCGAAUGCAGCCCCACCACCCCCUCUUCCCCCUCUGCCUUCGCCUCUUCUCUGCCCUCGACGCGCCUUCUUGGCCGCACUGAUACUUGCCUCCAAGUUCAUGCAAGAUCGCUGUUUCUCGAACCGUGCAUGGGCCAAACUUUCUGGCCUCCCUCCUCGUGAGAUCGGAAGAUGCGAACGGGCGCUCGGUGAAGCUCUCGACUGGCGACUUUGGGUGGGUAAAUUGCCUGCAGCGCAAACUACCUCCGAAAAUCGCCAGCUUACGAAGUGCAAGAGUGAAAACGACAUCGGGGCGUUUGACACGCAUACGCCUUCGAGGGGUUUGUUGUCCAGGCAUGCUACGUUCCCUGCUGGGCUUAUCUCGCAAGAAAUCAGCACCGGUGCGGCGCCAAUUGAUAUGACUUGGACUAGUGGUAUAGCCUCCUCUUCCGUCGGAUCGUCAUAUGUCCCUUGGAGUCCCGCGACGCCUGGCUUGAGUUAUUCGCCGACGUCGACGGAGAGCUCCUGUGGCGACAGGACAGUCCAAAUGACGUUUAUGGAUGACUCGACCCCGCCGCCCGCCCAGCCGUCUGCCUUUGGCCUGGCUUCUCAUGAAUCCAAGGCUAUUGAUUGCAAGCAAGCGCCAGCGGACGUAUUCUAUGCUCAGUCGACACAGCCCUUCGCGUCAUACGGCAUCAUGGUCCCUCACCAGCUUGGCGACGAAUCGGAUGUCAAUGGCCUCUCGAUCUCAGCGCUUAGGGAUUCGUUCUAUGCGCCCCCUUGGUCAACUGACUUCGUGAGAGUCUCGUAAGGUUUUUUGAACACAACCCCAUGCGAUAUGUCAUUUUCAUUCCUUUUUUUCGACCUAUUUCUCCUUUCUUUCUUGUACAUCUUCCAUUACUUUUCGCUAAGUGCUACGGGUAUGAUGGAGAGGGGGUGUAGAACGAGUUUUGCGCGUUAUUCAUAUGAACGAUUGACUUUUCUUUGAUUAACAGAAUGACUGUACAUGUAUUACCUUCAAAAUACCCAGUAGAGCUGCUUGAGCCCAAC